UGUCGCUCCUGGCGGAAGAUGGCGGAUCGGAGCGACUGAAAGCGGGAGGUGGUGAGAGCCACGGGCUUCGCUCACACAAGCAGCGGCCUUGAGUGCACACCGAGCCGGCACAAGGCGGGCGAGGGUGGGGAAGGGAGCUCGUCCGUGGCAUGCAAUGGCCAGCUCGUCAGACAGCGAGGAUGACAGUUUCAUUGCCAUGGAUACAGAAGAGGUAUUGGAUGGGACCAUGGAACAGGAUGAAGAACCUCAUGUUGAAUUGGAAGUUGAAGAAAUGAGGCAUAACCGCUCAAUGUUAGAGUUGCCUGAGGAAGUGCUGGAAUACAUCUUGUCUUUCUUGUCUCCAUAUCAGGAGCACAAAACAGCUGCUCUUGUUUGUAAACAAUGGUAUCGACUCAUUAAAGGCGUGGCUCACCAGUGUUACCAUGGUUUCAUAAAAGCUGUUCAAGGAGGAUAUAUUCAGUGGGAGAGCCGCACCUAUCCUUAUCCCGGGACUCCGAUUACCCAGCGCUUUUCACACAGUGCUUGUUACUAUGAUGCCAAUCAGUCCAUGUAUGUCUUUGGAGGUUGCACUCAAAGCAGUUGUAAUGCAGCAUUCAAUGACCUUUGGCGGCUUGACCUUAACAGCAAAGAAUGGAUCCGUCCUCUGGCAUCAGGUUCCUAUCCUUCUCCAAAGGCUGGAGCUACAUUGGUGGUGUACAAAGACCUUCUAGUGUUGUUUGGAGGCUGGACCAGGCCAAGCCCCUAUCCUCUACAUCAACCUGAGAGGUUUUUUGAUGAAAUACAUACUUACUCGCCUUCCAAAAACUGGUGGAACUGUAUUGUAACAACUCAUGGACCUCCUCCAAUGGCUGGUCACUCAUCCUCUGUAAUUGGAGAUAAAAUGAUUGUAUUUGGAGGAUCAUUAGGCUCUCGACAAAUGAGUAACGAGGUCUGGAUACUGGAUAUGGAGCAAUGGGCUUGGUCCAAACCAGCGACAUCGGGUAGUAUGCCCCAUCCAAGGGGUGGGCAGUCCCAGAUUAUUAUUGAUCAUGAAACCAUCCUGAUCCUGGGAGGCUGUGGUGGACCCAAUGCACUGUUUAAGGAUGCCUGGUUGCUACACAUGAACAGCAUACCUUGGACGUGGCAACAGCUAAAAGUGGAGAAUGAGGAGCAUGGGGCACCGGAGCUGUGGUGUCAUCCGGCCUGUAGGGUUGGACAGUGUGUGGUAGUGUUCAGCCAAGCACCCAGUGGUCGAGCCCCUCUUAGUCCCAGCUUACAUUCGCGCCCUUCUCCUAUCAGUGCCACACCACCAGCGCUUGGUGCAGAAAUGAGAGAACAUCGAUCACAGUCCCCAGUACGGAGUACUGAUGAAGUUCCGUGUGUAAACGGACGCUGGGGUACAUUGCGCCCAAGGACGCAUAGGCCGACAACAGCUAGUUCUCGGGAAGGCAGCCUCUCUCCAGCCAAAGGAGAAAGGUCACCAGUUUUAAAUGGUGGAACAUUAUCCCCAGGAUCCUUAGCUGGCUCUUUGGACAGUCCAGUGCAGCCAGGAUCCCCUGUCACAUCAGCUGUGGUGGAGGGUUAUGAUCUUCGAGGACUUCCACAUGUCACUAGGCAAAGCACACCAGCGGAACAGAAGGUAGAUUCAGGAUUAGAUCCACAUAGGUCCCAGGACUCUGUAAGUUGGGACUCAAAAGCCUCUUCCAGUAACAGCCUUGAAGAAGAUGGGAAUAGGACAAGUCCUGGAACUGAGAUUAAUCUUGGGAAUGCUCCAGAUCAGACAAAUGGAAUUCACACACCACCUCAUGUGGCAAACGCUCCUCCAGGCCCAGUAUCGCCAGGAGCACUCCGAAGAGGGCUGGAAGCUGUGAAGGAUUUCUUACCACAAAGUUCAUCAUCUGUUGUUUCAGCUAGCGGAAGUUCAGCUCCUUUAUCUGUAAUGCCAGGAAACCAUGGUCAAAGUUCAAACAGUACUGAUGUAUCACUUCGUUCUGCACCUGCUCCGGCAGAUGGACAUACACUGCCACCUAUUGCACGCCGGUUAGGCCACCACCCACCUCAGUCUCUCAAUGUAGGAAAGCCCUUGUACCAGAGCAUGAACUGCAAGCCAAUGCAAAUGUAUGUGUUGGAUAUAAAAGAUGCAAAGGAGAAGGGAAAAGUCAGUUGGAAAAUGUUCAACAGUGGCUCAGUUGUAGGCCCGCCAGAAACCAGCCUCCACACAGUGGUGCAAGGUCGGGGAGAGCUGAUCAUUUUUGGGGGGCUGAUGGACAAGAAACAGAAUGUGAAGUACUAUCCAAAAACCAAUGCAUUGUAUUUUGUGCGAGCUAAGAGAUAAUGCACCACCUCAAGGUAUUUCACAUUACCUGAUGCACACCCAUAAGCUGUGAAUUCAAAAAAAAAAUUCAUCUGUAAAACUGCUCUGGAAAUGGCUUAAAAUUUGCUUGUUACAAACACAAAUUUUAUUCCAUUCCAGUGAGUUUGUUACAUUUGGACUGAUUUGUCUUAAUUUGAUUCUCGCUAUGUUCUGAAAAGCUUCUGCUGCCUUCAAUACUGACCGGAAAGGAAAUAGCAUCUGAAUAUUUCCACCAUUGCAGUAACUCGUAUGUGGUAUUCUACAGGUUAGCAAAUGUGCUUUAGCUAGGUGAGAUCUUACUAUAAACAAACGCAAGUGCAUUGAUAAUGGCACAAUGGGUUUGCAGGAGUCUGCAAUGCCUUGUUUGAAGUUGCAGCUUAUCUAUAGGAGCUGAUGCCCCCUUUGUUGAAAUGGGGUAUUUUUGCGAUUCAGUAUUUUGGUCGCAACCUUCAAUCUGCUCAGUGGACAAUUCUUUGAGAUCAGCUAACUGACAUAAACCAAACACUCCAAAAAUUGCACAUGCUGACUCCAAAGCCAGCUGAGUUAAAGCAUAUGUUCUGGUCAAUGAAAGGUGCCGUACAGAGUUUAACCUCUUUCUUUCCUGCAGUUUAUAAACUAAUUUAUUUUUAAAGAGAAACGUAGCAGCUAAUGUAUUGAAAAAAAGAAGUAUAGGCGUGGAAAGAAUUGGUACUUGUCACAGUACCUGUCCCAUUGUGGAUCGGGGCACUCACUGCUGGGAUAUGCCUGUCCUGCUGUGGAAUGGGGCACUCCGUCUUCAGUCUACUGCUUAUCUGCGGGAGGGAGCACUCACUACAUGGAUCCCGUUGUGGAAGGAGGAUCUAAAUAAUCAGUGUACUUGUCAUAUUGUUAGGUUGGGCAAGUAACAAAGGAAUGUAGAGAUGUUUGAGAUAUAACCCCAUAACUGCCUCAAGUCUUUUGUUGCCCAGGUGGUAAGCCAAAUUGAGUCGAUUCAAAUGAAGAGAGUCUGUUUGUUGAUGCAUGCAGGCUGACUCUGGUAGUAAUCAGUUGGAUUGUAUUUCAGAAACCUUGUGCUCGAUUAAAUUCUGUCUGUUGUCUGAAUUGGAAAUCUGACUCUCAUUUUAGUCCAGACACAAUUGGCAGCUGGCCUUAAUUUAUAUUUUAAUGGAUAUAUCAAGGAGCUAGUGGAUACAACUACCUUAAUUUAAUUGAGAACAUCACACAUCCCACUGCCUUCAGUUAUCUAUUUUUGAUGACGAAGGGAACUUGUUAGGAGACAUUUGAAGGUUUUCUGGUAUUUUUGCUUUAUAAAGUUGAUAUUUUUCUGCCUGUUCCAGUCAGUUAAGCCCAUUUAAUUGAUGCUCUUGUUUGUCAAUUGUGUAGAGGUGUCCAAUUAACCAUAAACUUUAUCCUGUUUUAAUUAAAUACAUUUUCUUAGCAUUUCUUGCAAUGACAAAUUUAUCAUUUGACUUGGAGCUUAUCUGUUGUAGUUGUCUAAUCUUGAUUUCAAGGCUAAGAUCAGAAUGAAGUUGCUGAGGAAAAUGGCUACCAAGCUGCUGUCUUGCAAUUGGGAAAUUUUCCUGAAUUAUUUAACUUGAUUGUCCAUUGGUUUUGUGCUAUAUUUUUCAGUCUUGCAGAAGACACAAUAAUUUGCUGUUACUUUGUGUGAGCACCACCUCCCUCCAGUGAUGCCUUUGCAUUUACUAAUCUCUGUUAUGCCAAGGGGAGGUGAUGAGCUCUGCAGUUUGCUGCACCCUCAGGUCCCAGUAUCAGUUCCCUGGGUGACUGCAGUGGAGAGACUGAUGAAGGGAAACAACCGCAGAACAGUGUUAAUCUACAUCUAAAUUCAUCUUUUCAAUUAUUUUUUGGCUGCCAGGACAGUCUUAACUCCUAAUAUUUGCUUGCCCUCUUUCUCAAUUUACAGUAAGAAAAGAGCUAACAGCAUUGAACCCCAGCUCUGGCUAUAUACAACAUCAGACAGGCUGAGGUUUAAGCCCCAUUGCCACACGGAACAGGAGCUGUGUUUAAUGCUGAAGGUGUAACAACGGCAAGUGUGAGCAGAUUCCACGUAUUAUGAGUGUCAGUGCCCUGGAAAAUGGAACAACUUAUAGUGUAAUAUGCUGCUUUGUACCAUAACUUGCUUAAUUGUUCACAUCUAACAAACUGAUGAUCACAAAGAAUGGAGAAUUUUCAGAGAUAUAGCCCAAGUGCAGUAGAAAGAAAAAAUUGCACCUUUCAAAACACAUGGCAGUAGAUACUGGCCCCAGAUAAUAGCUAUCCUUGCAUUGAACAACCACAGUCACCAAGUUGUAACUAUCAAAUUGGAACUUGGGAAGUUAUCCUGAAUUUUGUUGGAUGGUUGUGUUUUUUAUUUACUGAUAUGUAUGUGAUAUGUACUGAUAUGUGAUAUGUGGCCAGAUAAAAUUUACCUAAACACUGGAAAGUAGAAGAACUACUUCUCUGGCCCUGUGCACAUCUAUAAGGGAUGAAUAUACAUGGCAGUGAACAGAUACAACAAAAAGUAUUUAAACCUACUCCAUCAGAUGUCUUUGUAAAUGCAGUGGUUUGGACUUCAGUAACAAAGUGUGUUGUUUAAUAUGUGUAACAUGUUAUGUAAUGUGACACAACCUGGCCGAUUUUUAUGCUGUUUUGGUUUCUGUACAGAUGCCAGAUCCAUAAAAAUGCAGUUUGGUGGGUUAAAUUGUUGACAGUUGUGCCUCGAACCAGAGAAUCAUGCAGUCCCUGAGCACAUAAGGAAGUCGCGCUGGAGCAAUGUGAAUUUGUCAUGGGGUCCUGAAUGAAUGCUGUGAGGUUAGAUUCUGUCAGAUUCAGUUGAGUGUAUGCAGUGGUGCACUGCUACCCAGGGCUUACAAAUGUGUUGAAGGCAGUAACAGGGCUUUAAGUUGCACAGAUAUGGUCCCUUUGCCAGACCUGCUGCUUUGAUCUAUUUUCUCCAGGUUUUAGUUAAUAUAAGGAUGAACUAAAAUGCUGCUCAAAUUUCGAAUCAAGUAAAUGUAACCGGUGAAAAACGUUUCACUUUUAGAUGUGCUCCAGGUAUAUGACAAGACUGUUGGGUAUGUAGGUACUUAUCUGGUGUAUCCUUUUCCCACCACCAUUCAUUGAAUUCAUGCCCUGAUUUGAUGAGGUUUGUGGUGCAGAUGUAUUUUGUAUUUGUGAUAUUUCUCCAAGUAAAACCACAGCUGUGGUGAUAUUUAUGUCAGCCUCUUUCCUAAUUACUUAAUCAUACUAUUGAUUCACAAAAUCACAGUGAUGUUAAAUUCUAUGCAAUGUUUUCAUCCCCAAAAUUUGGCUAUUCAAAUCUGGUUCUAGCUUAUCCUUCCACUGAUUCUAUCCUGCCUGGAUUAUUGCAGUCACGUGUCAGUUUUCUGUCUAGCCUCCUGAAGGAGAAGGUAACCAUAUGGUGUCUUUGCAGUUGACAUUGCUGAAAGAUGAUCAGUCUGGUGGUGGAUCUUUAGGAACUGUCAACCUUCUGUACCUGACUCAGCAAUUUGAUAUCUAAAACACACUCAAACCAUAGUACUCAAGGACAUUGUUGAUUGACAGCUAAUCUCACCAACUGGCUUAAUGGGGUGAAUAUUUAUGGGACUUUGGAUUGUUCCCACUGAUGGUCAGAAAACUCAAAUGGACAGAGUAGUUCUGUACAAAAUAAUGGGAAGCUCACCAGUAAUCCAUUUUUGAGAGUUGUGUGAUUUAAGUUGAUUAUGUACCAAUAGGUAUCCCCUUGUACACUUGAAAGUCCUUAAACUUUUGCUCUGCCAAUGUGUGCCUAAGUUCUUGAUCAAUAGAUGAAGUGUGUUUUUAUGGGAAAUGUGUUUGGUUAAACACAGCCAUUUGACAAAUGUAGCCUGCUGCAGAGUUUCAAAUAUAAUAUGUUUCUCUAUGGCAGACAUCUGAUUGUACAGUCUUCUAUUGGUAUGCUUGUUACAGAUAUAUAGAGAAAUGGCUAUGUAUGUCCAAAAACAUCUGGAUGGCCUGAUUUCAAAAUGGUAAAAAUGCAUGACCAAUGAACCAAUUAUAUUUAACACAAUGCCCACAUUUUUGGCUAAGUUUUCUCCUUAGCUGCUAGCAUCCAAUCUGAUGAUUUCACAUUCAGCUUUUGCAAAACUUGAUGUCAAUACACUGUUGUACAGUUUCACACACAAAGGUGGGGGAAGUAUGACACACAAAGCCUGUAAACUCCUUAUUCAUUGCAUAUUUAAAAUACCAUCAAAUGUUCUGUUUAUUGAUGUAUUUAAGAGAAAUUAACAGCCAGUUUAUUUCCUUUUCCUCUGCCAGUUUCAAUUGGAGUAUAUUUUCACAGGGUGUGGAUUUAUUUUAUUGCAGUUUUUACUUCUCUAUUUCCCCUUUGUCUUACAUUUAAAGAUGGAAGAGUGGACCAGUUUCCAUUCUGACCAUCUAGCCAACAGGUCAUGUCAGCCCAGGCACCUCUAUGUUUUCCCAUGAUCAAAAGAAAGUUCAAUUUUCACGAGUAAAUUCAGGAUCUGGAUUCUGUGGUAUUGUUGACUGUUUGUUUUUUUGUUGAAUAGUUCUGACUUGGAAUAGUUAAACCCAUUUCAUUAAGGGCUUUCACAGUCACCAGAUUUUUGGGAAGAUAUUUCAUAUUAAGUCUUGAGGUUAGGUCAGUGAUUGGGUGACACGCAGGGUGAAUCUCCCACCACAUUAAUUUCAAAAUGUAAGGUUUGGUAUUCCAAAAAAAAUUUAGGAAGGAAUAAAUUUGCACUUAAAUUGCUCAAUUUCUGCAACACUUCAUAUCUGUAAAAAAAAACUUCGGAAAUUCAGUUAUGUAAGCAAUGAUAAUUUUCACACAACAACAUCCCAUAAUUUUGUAGUUGAAAAAAAUCACCAGUUACUUUUUGGUGGUUAUUGAGGGAUGAAUGUUGGUCUGAACACUGAGAAAUGUCCUCUUGGGAUUGUGCUGUGGAAUCUUUAACAUGCACCUAAAAAGGCAAACCUGGUCUUGCAGCUCUGAUGGAGUAGGCAUUACUGCAUUAGAGAGUCAACCUAUUUUAUUAUGCUCAAGGCCUGAUUAAAUGACAAAUUUAGAAUGUUCAGUGUACUGGGUUUUUUUUAAGCUCCUGUAAUCUAUUUUGUGCUUCAGACAAGUUUAUGAAGUAUUAGAAAUGAUAAAAUUUAGGGGAAAUGGGAAUGUAACUUCAAAAGGUUUCUUCUUACUGAUUGUAUUUACUUCUGGUUUGUCAAACAUUAGGGUGGUCCCUGGCAGCAACAAGUUGUUAACUCUUCAGUUGAACUGAGGAAAUUUGUUUUGCAUUCAAUUUUCUCACGCCCUCGGACAUUUUUGUCCUGUCACUAUAUUAAAUGAUUUUUUUUUCCCUGCUCAGAGCUGCAGCUGGCUAUUUGAGUGGAAAUUCUGCACCUGCUAUGGCCAAAUCACUUUUGUUUCCCCUGUAGAAUGUUCCUGUAAGCAUGAAUUGUAGAAUUAAUCUGGAAGGAGGGAAUCUGGGAUUGCAGUGAACUGAGCCAGAACAGGUUUCCAACAAAGCCAGGUCAUGAGGCUUGAUUCACAGUCUGCUGCUGCCACCUACAGAAAUGUAAAGAUACAAACAUUUUUCGUGCAGUGGUGAGAAGCCUUUUACUGGACUUUUUUUGAACUAUGCUACUGCCGCAGUUAACUGUAGAUCUCUGACUCUUUUUAUGAUUUCUGAGCUGCCUCCUUUAAAUCCAGCACCAAAUUGACAAGUUUGGUGAACAGCAAUAUCUUCAAUGCUGAAACAAGAACAAGGCUCUCCAUAUAUUCUAAAAAUCUGAAAUAUAGUAAUUGCUGGAAAAGCUUGGCAAAUCUACAGCAUAUGUGGAGAGAAGCAGAAUUAACAUUACAGGUUCAUGACUUCUUAACAUAAUACUAUCUAGUCUUUCCAAACAGUUUAAUUAACGUGUCGUCUUGAGACUCCCUCCUGUGUGCUGCCCCCCCCCCUCCCCCGCAACUCCACAUAUUGGCAGACACUAGACCAAUGCCUAGGUAGAAACCUGACACAUUGAUUAUUUUUACAAAAUGGCAUACAUUUUAAAACAACAAUUGAUGUUCUGCACUCUUCUAUUAAGACUCCAAAUUUGAAAUCUUGAGUUUUUUUUCCAGUGGAAGGAGAAAGUUGAAAAAUUAUCUGAACAAAUUAUAACAACAGUCAAUUUAGUGAGAAUCAAUGGAAUUUUAUAAACCUUGCUUUUAUGCUGAAAUUACUGUUGUCAUGAAUACAGAUGAUUGAAUCAGUUUUGGGAAGCUGUACUUAAACCAGGUUUCUCCCCAUCAGAAUAACUUCUGUUUAUAUCAGAAGCUUUCUGCUCUAAUACAGUGGUCUUGUGUGAACUCUGCACAGCAUUCCAACACUGAUGCAACAAUAGUUUGUUAAUGGGCUGAGCAGGUCUGUUGCCUGAGUCCAUGAUUUAGAGUGCAAUGGAGGUGUUUUGUAAAACUGAACCAACCUUUAA